GAAAUUGCCGAUCCAAAAGAUUUCGAUUUUCCAUUCGUCGCCAUUGGGAAGGAACCAUCAAUACCCUCAUCCAUCACCUUCCUCUUCAACCUUUAUUCCCUACUCACCCUAUCGCCUUUUUCUUCUACUUCUUUCUUGGGGAGAAGGGGAUUUUGCGGGAGGCGGAACCGAAAAAGAAAAUCAUGAGCGCCCUUGCUCGAGGUGCCGUGGGCACGCGAUCGAGGUUGAAAGUGCCGCAGAGAACGUUCGCCUCCGCUCCGGCGUCCGCGUUCGGUCGAACAGCUGCAUAUCGAAGGAUAUCCUCGCAACCGGAGUUCCAUUCGCAGGCCAGCGUUUGGCAGCAGGCGAAGCCGAAAGAAGAGGCUACGAGUCGUGAGGAGUCCCGGGCGGCAUCUGAGCAAUCCGGACAAGAGGACCCGAGUGCUACUGGCAAGGAGGAUGGACGAGUGAACGAAGAGGGAGCCAAGUCAGAAAAGGAGUCCGAGGGAGACAAGGAGGGGGAGAAGGACGGAGAAAAGGAUGGAGAGAAAAAGGCUCCUCCACCACCGCCACAUGGAGAUAAGACCCCGUGGCAAGUCUUCACCGAAACCCUGCAGACCGAGUUCAAAGCGUCGAAGGAAUGGAACGAAUCCACCAAGGCCUUGGCGAGCGGCUACACCGAAUUCACGCAGAACGAAAAGCUCCAGAAGGCGCGCAGCGUCUACAGCCAAGCGUCCGACGUCGCCUCGUCGUCCACCGCCACUGCUUUCAAGAAGACCGGCCGCGUGAUCGGCUCGUCGUCCGCGUGGGUGUGGAAUUUGACGGUCGUUCGAUGGGCCCGGAAAGGGCUUGCCAUCCUCGGAAUUGGGUUGGAGAGGGUGACGCGGCCUUUGCGGGAGACGCAGGCUUACAAGAGCGUUAAGAACACCAUUGACGAUGGGAGCUCGUUUAGGUAUGGUGGGUGGGUUGAGAAGGAGGAGCGGCGGCGACUUCGCGAGGAGCGGGAGCAGUUCAAGUCCACGCGGAGGACGGAGGUGCAUGAGGAGGAUAUCAACGCCGGAACCAACGUGACGCUUCACAAGGAUGCCAAGUGGAAAGAGUCGUGGCGCGAUUUCCGCGACACCAGCCCCGUGAUGCAGUCCAUCUUCUCCAUCAAAUCCACCUACCAAGAAUCCGAGAACCCCCUCAUCACCACGGCGCGCAGCAUCUCCGACCGCGUGGCCGGCUUCUUCGCCGAGACCGAGACCGCCACCGUGAUCAAGAAGUUCCGCGAGAUGGACCCCAACUUCCAGUCCGAGCCGUUCCUGCAGGAGAUGCGCGAGUACAUCCUGCCCGAGGUGCUCGACGCCUACGUGAAGGGGGACGUGGAGACGCUGAAGCUGUGGCUGUCGGCCGCGCAGUUCUCGGUGUAUUCCGCCUUAAUGCAGCAGUAUACCACCGCGGGCCUCAAGUCUGACGGCCGCAUCCUCGACAUCCGGAACGUGGACAUCCUCUCCGCCCGGCUGCUCGAUCCCGGUGAGAUUCCGGUGUUCAUCAUCAGCUGCCGAACGCAGGAGGUCCACGUGUACAAGAACGCCAAGUCCGGGGAACUCAUGGCCGGCAUGGACGACAAAGUGCAGCAGGUCACCUACGCCAUCGGCAUAACGAGGAUCCCCGAAGAUGUCAACAAUCCCGAGACGAGGGGAUGGAGGUUGAUCGAAUUGCAGAAGAGUGCGAGGGAUUACCUGUGAGGUGCGUGCAGGCGAAGACCGCGGCUUUUGCUUCCACUCGAAACUUGCG